AUGGCUUCCAUUGAGAAAAUUGGACUUGAAGGCUUGUUUGAUUGUCGAGAUAAGGUUUACUCAUUAGUCAUCACCGCGAAAUUGGAUUGCCCUCGGUGCCACGAGAAGAUCAAGAAAGCAGUCUGCUCUAUCUGCGUAUGCGAGAUCAGUAGCAAAAAUUUUGAUGAGAAGUCCAAUAAGGUUACACUGGUUGGAGUCUUUGAUCCGAAGAAGGUCGUAAAAAAGAUAUGCCAGAAAGCCGGCAAAUGCAUCGAUGACAUCGUGGUGUCGGAGGUAGUAAACAAGAAGCCAGAUUCUGGCGCCGCCAGCUCUACCAAGAAGAAGGAUCCAGCAGGCGCUCCACCAACAAAGGAGAAGACUGGUGGCGCUAAGGAGAAACCAGAGGCCGAGGAAAAAGACAAAGGCUCCGAAAAGAAGAAAGAUCCCUCGCAGUCUAAGAAAAAAACAAAGGCAGGGGGAGGAAAAGAUGGUGCCAAGGAAACAGAUAAAAGCUCGAAAGAGAAGAUAGAUCCUCCAUCACCAGAGCAGGUGGAACCUGUAGUAAUUGUGGUUCAUGUUCCACCCGCAGCUGCGGCACCACCUGCAGUACCGGCGGAUCCGCAACAGAAGCCACAACGAGAAGUCAUUGAAUGUCCACCUGUAGCUCUGCUAGGUGCUCCGAUAGGUGGCUGCCACUGCGGCCAAUCUCACUGUGGGAGCUACUACUGGCCUUGCCCGAGGCCGGGGUACGAGACCCGACCCUUCACAUGUGGAUGCAGCAAUCAUCCGUGUUCCAUUAGCAGCCAACUCCAGUGUCCUGGUAACUGUGCUGCCUUCAGUGUGAAGACUCAGCGUGCAAAUCCAUGUAAAAAAUUGUAA